CCGGCUGCAAUCUAGGGAUACACAUGCAAUGAGAGGGCCACGCUCACAUGCUCGAGCUACAAAAAGGCAGGAGAGGGUUGGUGAGAGGUCCAGAUUGGCGAAAUAGAGAGAGAACAAAAACCAGCGGUGCAAGAAGAGAAGACCACCGGAAAAUAAUACCAGAACAAUCCAUCGGAGAAAACGAAGAGCGGCGAUAAGAGAAACGGAGAAAGAAAACCCCUUCCUCUCUCUCACCACCACCCCCAUCGUUCGCAUCAUCCCUUCCUCCCUCCUUCCAUGGCCGUCUCGCCUUUCCGACUCCUCGUCUUUCUCUGCAUCGCCUCCGUCUCAUUUCCCCCAUCCUCCGCCGCUGCGUCGGCGACGGCGGCGCCUCUCUGCCCUCGAUCGGACAUUGCCUUCCUCGACGUUGUUAGAUCGCAAUGCCCUCUUUGGAUCGAACCGUCUUCGCCGCUGGAGGUCAAUGGUGAGACACUUGAGCAAGAGUUGAGUCACAGCAAGAGAAGUACAUAUUACUCUGUUUUCUUCUAUGCCUCAUGGUGCCCAUUCUCCAGCAACACUCGACCCAUUUUUGAUGCCCUUAGCUCCAUGUUUCCUCAAAUAAAGCACUUAGCAGUUGAACAAUCUUCUUCCAUGCCAAGUGUUUUCUCAAGAUAUGGGAUCCACAGUAUUCCAGCAAUAUUGUUAGCCAAUAGGACAGUGAUGGUUCGUUACCGUGGCUCAAAAGACCUCAAUUCUCUUGUGAGUUUCUACAAGAAAACUACAGGUUUUGAUCCAGUUUCAUAUUUCGCUGUUGAACCACCCAGCGGUUCAAGAAACACAAGAUCGCUCUGGCCAGUGGAGAGAUCUUCAAAGGAACUGAUAGCCUCUGAACCUUACAUGGCAAUUAGUUUUCUUUUUAUCUGUCUGAAGGUGAUCAUGCGGUUCUUCCCUGUGAUCUUCACCCACCUCAGAGCUUUCUGGAUUUCUCUUGCCUGGCAUCCGAACUUGGAGAUCCUAGGUGAAUGGAGCCAGCUUCUCGAGCGAGCACGACAUGUAUUUGACAUCAAGAAGCUGUGGAGCAAGCUUAGGCUCUGCAAUAAGACAAGGAACUUUCAGAAGGGAGCGAACAAUGCUCGGGCCUGGGCUUCCUCCCUUGCUUCUGUCUCACUGGGCGAGUCAUCUGCCUCAAGAGUCGCCCCUUCAGACUCAUGAUAUUAUCCUCAUUUAAUCAAGCUCUGACUGGGAAGGAAAGCAAUGGGUGGAUAGAGUAGUCUUCAUGUUCUCAAGGAGCAAAUCGAUCUCAUCAGUUUCCUCGUGUUAUCUAUCAGUGUUUGUACCUGUUCUUCUGUUUUGGGAUGAGAACAUGGGGAAGCAUCAUAGCAUGUAAAUUUUUGGCGACCUUAUGUUUUUGUAUAUUAAAUAUAUGGUGGUCUUCAUUGCUAGGGCAAUGCACAACCCAAAUUGGUUUUGAUUAUAAUGAUCUUUCAAUCAAGGAAGCUUUUUGAUA